CAUCUCAAGGGGAUCAGAGCAGAUCGCACCACAAUUCCCCACACGAUAGGGGAGAGGGAGGCCGGUUGAGAGAUCAGCAGCCGAGGCUGUGCACUCAAACUCCAGGCACCUGCAGAAGCUGCAAGAAUUCAAAGCAUUUGCAGACUCUGCAUCCUCUCCAUCCUCCUCCUCUCCCUCCCUCCCCUGCUCACCCACCUCUUGUGGUCCAUUCCUGGUACCCUACUUAAUUCCCUCUACUGCUGCAUCAUAUCUUGCACUGACAGUACUUGAGCAGUUAUCCUUACCGGGGACUCCCUGCCCCCCAUUCCUUCUGAUUCUCCAGCUUGGUUGGAAUAUAAUCGUAUUCCUUUUGAUUUUUUUUUUUUUUCCUUUUUUUUUCCAUGCACUGCUUGUCUCCGCUCAGGAGAAGCUUGCAGACCUUGCUAAUCUCUCCCUGCUGGCUUGGAAGAAAAUAAACAGCCACACUCUCAUUAAAGAAAGAAGGAUCCUAUCUGGAGGAGAUUUACUGAUUCUAUCAUGCAUCGCCCUGUAAUCCUUCUCCUGUGCCUCUCCAGUCUCACCGGGGCAGCCAACCUACCUCCUGAAGACCCCAGCCAGCCAGUCACGGCAGAUGUGGUCGUCCCAACAGGAGGUACAGCAAUUCUCAAGUGUACAGUGCAGGAACACCAAGAGUCCUCACUUCAGUGGUCUAACACUGCUCAGCAGACACUCUACUUUGGUGAAAAGAGAGCUUUACGGGACAACAGAAUCCAGCUGGUCCACUCCAGCCCCAAUGAGCUGACUAUCAGUAUCAGUAACGUGGUAUUGUCAGAUGAGGGCGAGUACACUUGCUCAAUCUUUACCAUGCCGGUCAGGACAGCCAAGGCCGUGGUUACAGUUCUAGGCGUGCCACAGAAACCACAGGUUUUUGGUUUUGACCUGCCAUUUAAGGAGAAUGAUAAGGCCAGACUGAGGUGCACCACAAGUGGAAGCAAGCCAGCUGCUAUUAUCAAGUGGUACAAGGGGCCAGAGGAACUGGAGGGAGCAAAGACCAGUGUAUUAGAGGAUGGUAAUGGCAAAACCUUCACAGUAAUGAGCUUUAUUGAGUUCACUGUGACCAAAGACGAUGAUGGAGCUGAGAUAACCUGCGCUGUUGGCCACGAGUCACUGCAUGAUUCCUCUAAAUCUUCCAGCCACAAGAUUCAAGUCCAGUACAAACCCACAGCAAAGAUUGAGUCCAGGCCCAACAUGCCAAGAGAGGGCGAUAAACUGCGGCUGCAGUGUGAUGCCUACGGAAAUCCUGUGCCUGAGAAUUAUGUCUGGGAGAGGGAAAAUGGAGAGCUCCCUGUAUUAGCCAACAUUGAAGGAAACAGCUUGGUUUUCCUCACCCUAAACAAAAGCGACAGUGGCACCUACACCUGUACAGCCUCCAACGCAUUAGGAACUUUUAUCACCCACUACAAGCUUGACGUCAAUGAUGCCCCGGUAUCGCAUACAGACCCAAGCCCUAUCCCCUCCACCUCCAGCAUAGAUCAUGCUGUCAUCGGAGGAGUCGUAGCCGUGAUUGCCUUUCUACUCUUCUGCUUGCUCAUUGUCCUUGGACGCUACUUGAUCAGACACAAAGGUACCUAUCUUACCCACGAGGCCAAGGGAUCGGAUGAUGCCCCCGAUGCUGAUACCGCCAUCAUCAAUGCAGAGGGUGGACAAGGCGGAGCGGAUGAUAAGAAGGAAUAUUUCAUUUAAGCUCCAACCCUUAAUCCUGAAGACAAGUCAAAGGCAAAGAGGUCAACAUGUGAUACAAAAAUGCACCUGCAGAACAAAUUCAAAUCAACAUUAAGAAAAUCUGAUUCACAAGGAAAACUCUCUCUCACCAAGUCAAAGCAAGAUGGCGGCUAUAAAAAAGAACAGAGUGUGCCGGAGAGAGAGAGAGAAAAAGAGAGAGAGAGACAGUGAAUGCAUAGAUCAUGCUUCUUAAACGAACUUGUAAAAACAAAUUAUUACUAAAAACUUUUAAAACUAUAAAAAAAAUUGCUUGCUUAAAAUCUACAUAUCUUCGGUGAACGCACUAAUCUAACAAACAAAUAAUAAUCGUGAGUUAAGCUCUUUUUUUUGGGGGGGGGGGUUUCAUUUCUUUUGAAAUGUGUAUAAAGUUUUAUUUUUUACUUUGGAAUGUUGAGAGGGAUGGAAACGAUAUUAUUUAAACAUAUUUGCCGUUUUUGGUUGCUAGGGUAAAUGAAACAGGUAGGGUAGAAGUUUGGUUUAUUUUACCCCAAGAAUGUCUUUGGGUCGUGUCUAUAUGGGGGGCACCAGAAUUACAUUUUUGUUUGCAGAGAUUUAGGCAGUUAAAGAAGGAGUGUGGGUUAUACAAUUAAGUAGGAAAUAAAGGAAACACCCAUUUUAGGGUUUGGCAGUGAGAUAAUAAAUGAAUGGAACCAUUGGCCAUCCCCCCCCCCCCCCCUGGAAAAAAUCCUUCCUCCAAUGAAAUGAAGUGGCCAGCGAGCCCAAAUGAGUAUAACUAAUAAUCAGGGUCUCCGUUUUAAAAGGACAUUAGAAGACAAAGUGUUAAUUAUAUAAUAUAUAAGCUUUCUGUAUCGUUGCCCAACCAUGAAGUAUUCCCAUUAAAUCAGUAACCCAGCCACAGAUCCAAUCACUUUGUUCCAUCCCAGAUAGUGGGUCAGUUGUAGAGUUCUGGUUGUAGCACAUAGGACUAGUUACCAUACUCUCAAGGGCAAAAAAGAUGGUAAUUAAACACUUCCUGAGCAUUUUUAAGACAAGGGCACAUUCAGUCCAACACAUUCAAAUGCAGGGCUUAUCUCUGCUUGGCAAACAUAGCCCAACCGGUAACAAUUUAUAGCAUCAGCCAUAUGGAAAAGAUAAUGAUAUAAACCAAUAAAUCAAUGUAUUGUGUCAUACUCCAUAUGUACCGGGCUUGGUGUAAAUCGUUUUGUUGCAUUGUGACUCUUACCUUGCCAAUAAUGUGUCGCUUAGGUUCAUAGUCAAAUACAUGCGCACACUUUUGUAUAGACACACUCUACCAUUUACACACACACACACAAAGAUAAAGCAGACGUUAUUGAUACAACUGAUGCACACAAAACACUGUGCAUUAUUGUGGUUCUAGAUGAUUUUAUCAAGCCUGUUCCAUCUGUAUAUAGAACUAUUACAACACACAAGCGACACAACAACACACACUUGUUCAUUUGUACACAAUAUAUAACGACUGUAUUGAUGUAUAUGCCCCUAUUUAAUAGCAACAAAAUAUGAGGCUGCUUUAAAUAAAUCAACUUAGCCAGCUCCAUCUGUAUGUAGUUUGUUGUAUGUGUCACAAUGUAUAUAGUCAUCACAAGCCAUAUGUUUGCUAUAAGUGCCCUUCCAUCCCAUACUUUUACACGCUAUGGACCACAUACCUCAAUGCAAACUCUUCCAGUCAUGUUCUACAUAGGAAGACAACAAAUUAAACUAUCAAAAGUUAUACAAUUAAGACACCACCAUGGUGACUUUUAUUUAUAGUAUAUUUUUGUUUUGUGGUCUUCUAAUUGCACCAUUAAGAAAAAUGGUUAUUUGUUGCAUCCUGUGUAGAAUUAAAGUGGCAGUAAUGCUUAGCAACAAGGCCUCCUGUGUCCAAGAGCAACUUGUAUAUCAGUAAAACUGCAAAUAACCAAAUAAAACCUAGGGAAUGAAACCUAUGGACAGUAGGGUGGUACAGAAGACCAAGGUACUAAUGGGUUGGAGAUAGAUCAACAUACAAAAAGUGUGAAGAUAGAAUAAGGCUAAAGAAUAAAUCAAAGUAUUAUAAGGGUAAAUAAUGAAGGACAAUAACCUAAACAUAUAACAUAUAUUUUAUGUGAAGUGCGCUCUUCCAUACGAAAGCAACUUGUUUUUGAACAUUGCUGCCCGUUAAAACUCAGUCAACCAGGUGCUUCCCCAUAGAUUUUAACUUGCUAUAACAUAACGAUAUAUAAAUAGAUAUAUAUAUGUACAUAGGUUGGGUUACAAGAGUAUUUGUGAAUUCUUUCACUGGUAGAUGGGGGCCGCUGAAAGGGUCAAUGUUGUAUUUCUGGUUGUUUCAAUGACUGUUUAAUGAAUGUAGUUCUUAAUAUGUUUGUUACUCUCUCCAUGUUCACUUUCCUUUGUUUGCUGGCCCAUUGGGGGAUGGAUGUGGUUAAUAUGUAAUAUAUUCUGUAUCACGUUAAGGAAACUAGAAACAAUACCCUAGACAUUGAGGUCAUCAUUAACGGCUGGUUUGGUUUAGUGGCCAGUAGAAAGCUGUCCCAUCACUCCAACCUUUCAUUCGGAAGCCAUAUUUGUAGAGUUGUUUGCUCCAUAGCAUUCUGCCUUUUUUACUAUGGGCGGCCACUGGCCAAUUGCUAGGCGUAGUUUUUAGUUUUGCAAACCACUAAAGGGGCCAUCGUUCCUCUUAGGUCAUUGAAUUGGUGGAAGCCAUUUAUUUUGUUGACUAAGAUGAUGCACAAUGCAAUAGUGGAACUUAAGGUAAAAGAGAAGCACAGAUAAGUGAGGUGGUGAACCCCUAAAAUACAUGUCAACCUCACCAAGACCAAACCUCAGAUACUUUUUAUGCUAUUAUGUUGGACAUGUAGCCGUUGUCUUGGUUUUAAUUAUUUACUUUAUUCCCUUAAAUAUGUGAUUUCUUCCCAAUGUCCUUCAGGAAAUGUCAGGGUCUCCCCUUAACCCAAAGGAGGGGCAGUUAUGAAGCAGGAGAACAUAUUUCAGUAGGAUAUAUUUCUAUAGAGCAUCGUAGAGUUGGACAGAAGUUAUUUUUUGACCAAGGUUCAGAACAAAGUUAUAUUUCCAUUUACAAUACACGUGGUUAUUUUGUGGGAAUGAGUAAUUUUCGAGUACUGUGACUCAAUGUGUAUUUUAUAUAUCCAAAACUGUCAGGUAUCUGGAAAUAUCUAUAACCUCUACUGUGUCCAUUCCUGUCAUUUAUUUUGGAUUUCCCUAUCCCCCACAACAAAUUCAGAAGAAUGGGACAGAACGAGAUGGAGGAUAAUUUAGAAGCAAUAAUUCUAGAUUGGCAACCAUGGUGUCCUGGGCAGAUGUUAAUGGGGCGUCCUUACUGCAAAUAAGAAUGUUUAAACAGCAAAUUCAUUAAAGAAACUUAAGUAUUGGCAUUGUUGUUUAUUUCUGGGUUGCAAAUUGUAGUACUUUUUUAGUAGGCAACAAAAGAUAUGACACUUGAAUGCCCCUGUCAUACAGCCAGAAGGUUGUUGACUGAAUCUCAAUGAGCCAAUCAUAACAAAGAGUCUGAAUGAACCAACCAGAAUAGUGGGGCAUGGCUAUGACCUUGGUAUAGAAGACCUUAUUCCCCCAAACCUCGCCCCCCCCAAAAAUCUAAACUUGCUCAUCUGAGUUAACAUUAGUUUUCUAUUUUGAAUGGCUUCUGAGAUACUACCAGGUUUCUACUGCUCAUACCAGGCAAGUCAAGAGGGUCAGUGGCCCUGGCGUUAACUAGCUAUGGAGGCGAUAAGAGUCAAGAACACUCAGGUUGGUAUUAAAAAAAACUGCUGAAACUGCUUAUACCUCAGAAACCACCAAAAAUUAAAAAAGAAAUGAAUGUCUGUAUCAAAAGUGCUCAGAGGAGUACUCUGAGCAAGUUUAGAUUCUAUUUUUUUUUGGGGGGGGGGGUCAUCUCCAUUUAAAAUAGAAACAGGUUUGGCCAUCAACCUUAAGGUGCCCAUACACGGGCAGAUUUCAGCUGCCAAUUUCAGUCCUUUAGAUCAAUUCGGCAGCUUAUCUGCCCUCCAAUGGCCCUACCCAACCGAUAUCUGGCCAAAAGUCAGCCAGUUGUCGAUUGGACGGGUCAGCCAGGUGUUGAUUGAUGUGGUCAUUGGGCCCUAGGGCCAAACAAAUUUGUUAGCACAAUAUCGCCCACCCAAGGUGGGUAUAUCAGGGUAAAUAUUCACUCAUUUGGUGGCCUCUGUAAAUAAGCGAAUUAUACUGUGUAUGGCCACCUUUAAUCAACAUCAGUUCUUUUUCUCUGGGUCCAGAUUUUUUUUUUUAAAUGACUCCCCCUACAGAUGUCAAAUAAAUCUGUUUCACAAAUAGUCUUUUUUAAUUUUUGUCUUACCGCUUUUGAGUUAUUUAGUGUUUUAUCAGUAAUCAACCUAACAUUUUUUAUGCCCACACUUACUGUUUGCCCAAGUAAUUGGUUGUAGCAUGGGAAAAAUGCGUUGGGUUGUGUUAGUUGGUGCCUUCCUUGGGCUAUAAAACAGAUUCCAGCAAGAGUGAACUAUAUGAAAUACCCAACUGCCAUAAAGGGUUGUUGAGUUGUUGGCAACAAUAGGCUGACGGAACUCAGUAAUAAACCAUUAUUUCUCAUUGAACUAUACAACAAAUAAAUAUAUACAAACCAAUUGCUAAGCAGAGCUUGGAUUCUUUUUUUUAUAGCUAUGAACAUAUCCCUUUAUAGAUUAAAAGGCUUUAGUUAACGCACCAACCAUGGAGGGGACAUGUGUGCUAUCUACUAUAUGGAGGUUAGUGCAGUACUCUGUUUAUUGAAUGAAUUCAUUGUCUGGCUCUAAACGGCUAACAAAUGGAUUGUAUUGCAGCCCAAAUAUAAUAGUGUUAUUUUUUAUGUGACCAAUAUAGGAUGUCCAACGUCAUCCCAGAUACAAACUGCUAUGAAUUGUGCCUCCCAUGACGGUAUCUUACAAUCCAAAUGUAAUCGAAAAAAAAAACUCCAUGUUGUCAAAUGGGUUAUAUUUAUGUACUAAAAUGAAAUAACCAUGCAUGAUUAAAAACGA